AUGGACUUUUCUAACAUCUUGUCGAAAGAGAUAAGCAAACGAAAGAAGCUGUCACGGGAGGGUUCCAACAAAAAGGCAAAACACAGAAGAAAUGAGGGUGGUAAAGGACAAGAUGACAAGGAUAAACAGGAAGUUAUAGAGGACAGCAGGAAAGACACAGUCCGAGAUUCAUCUGGUGACUUACCCAAUGAUGAAUUUGUGCUAGCAACCACCAAGGGUAAUGAAUUGAGCGAAGCUGAAAUUGACAAAAAGUUGAAGCAAUACAACGAAUACGACAGUGAGAUGACCAGCAAAGACAAAUCUAAGAAGCUACAAUAUCUAUUACAAUUGGAACUUCGAAAUGAAAAAUAUAAGGAUUGGUUAGAUAAAGAAGAGCCGUUGUAUCAAGACCCUUCAAAGCAGAUCAUCACACUUGACUCGAUAAUUGAGGCAGAACAACACCGACCCCAAUUGAGAAUUCAAACUCGAGUGUUUCUUAAAGAGAUCAUACGCGAAUGGGAGGCGCAAAGGGACAAGACUGAUGAGGAUGCGUCACUACUAAAGAAAACCAAAAAGGGAAUUGUUAACCUUUUGUACAAGUUGCGAAGUGGCAAAAUACCAACAGAAGCACUUGUAUCCCUCUCCACCAUAAUCUACUAUCUACAAUCGAACCAGUUCAACAAAGCCAAUGAAAGUUAUAUGAAAUUGAGUAUCGGGAAUGUUUGCUGGCCAAUCGGUGUAGUCAACGUUGGUAUUCAUGCACGAAGUUCGAGCCUGAGAAUCACAGGAAGUAAAAAUGUGAGUAACAUCAUGAUGAAUGAGCUGACUCGCAAAUGGAUUAUCAGUGUCAAGAGACUCAUCAACUUUAAGGAAAGGAUGUACAGCAAGAGGGGGUAG